UCCCCACAGAAUUGACUCUUGUAAAAUUCUAAUAGGAACCUUUGUUAUAAAUUUUUUAAUUGCUGGUGCGAUGAGACUUCAACCAUUGAUCUAUGUUGAAUCUUUAACGUACUACCAAUCGGAUAGAAAACUAGCCUCUCUUCCAUUUGUCAUAUGUUUCCUACUAAGAAAUAUUUCAGGCCCGAUUGCUGGAUAUUUAACGCAAGUUCUUGGAAUAAAAUUUAUAAUUGUUGCCGGAUGCUUAAUGUCAGUUGUUAGCACGGGAGCCUGUUACUUUGCCGAUGAUAUAAUAGACAUUAUAAUUUUAUGGGGAAUUGUAUUUGGUCUCGGCUAUGGGUUCGCACAACAGUUGAUGUCUCCAUUCCUAAAUCAACAUUUUCCAAACCACAAAAACAAAGCCAAUGGUGUUGUUUUUUCUGGAUCAAGUUUAGGCGGAGUCUUCAUACCACCUUUAAUACACAUACUCAUUAAAUCUUAUGGUUUAUCAGACUCCUUCCUUUUGCUAUCUGCAAUCGUUGCUCACACCAUUCCUGCAUGUUUAUUGCUGAAAAAUCCUGACAAGAAACUGAAACAAACUGAUAAUUUAAAUUCCAGUCAACGUUCAAUUCGGGAUGAGGAAGAGAAAGAAGUAAUUUCAGAAUCUAAUCUGCUGUCAAUAGAGGAUAAGGGAGACGAAAUUCCAAACUCUUUAAAAUCCAGCUCGUGCUUGAUGCAGAGUAAUGAUGAAGAACUCGGGAUUUCAAAGUCUUUCAAAUCCAGUCUGUACUCAUUUCAAGAUAAAGAGAUAACUUCAAAAUCUUUAAUAUCCAAUUUGUGCACAAUUCAGAAAAAGGAUGACCCUAUUCCACAAUUUUUGAUUCAGGGGAAAGAAAACGUGGUCUGUGAAGAUGUUCUAUACAUUUAUAAAGAACAAAACAACGAGGAUAUUGUUUAUGUUGAAGAAAAUAAAAAUGAUUUAAAGUGUAGCACUGAAAAUGACACUAAAGGCUUAGAUUAUGGAUCGAGAGAAAGAAAUGAAGAUUUGAACAGUACGGCAGAAACAAAUACGAAAGAUUCACAAGGUAGAGAAGAACAAAAUAAAGAAAGCAUUCUAAUUUCGCAAGCGAUUGCACCCAACUUAAAUAAUUCAAAAAACAAUCUUAAUAAGGAUACAGUUUUUCCUACGAAAAAUACAAUGUGCCAAAAUGAUGAUUUUGAAAACCAUAAGAAAUUAGUUAAAAGUAAAAGCUUUUUAAACAGUAAAAACUUAAGUUUAAAAAGUUUCUCAAUUUUUAUUGAUCCUGCUUAUCUUGUUAUUCUUAUUAUUUGUUCGAAUUCCAUCUUCGUAUAUUUAGCCUAUUACACGAUACUUGUAGAUUGCAUAAGAGACAAAUCUGUCGAUGAAAGCUAUGAAAUAUACUUCGUAACUUUAUUUUCCAUUUCAGACUUUGUCGGCAGAUUUGGGAGCGGAUUUAUCAUUGAUAUGAAAUUUCUAACUACAGAAAUAAUGCUAAUAAUAACAUUACUUACCAUGGGUGCAUCUUUAUCGGCUUUUGCUAUCUUCAACGAUCCUAUUUUACUUUCAUUUUUCAACAUUAUAUUAUCGAUGAUAUUCGCUUUUAAUAUUUUUUUGAACAUAGCACUGAUUGUCGAAAUCGUUGAAGAGGAGAAGCAAGUACUAGCACAGAGCUCUAAAUUUCUGCUAACUAUUUUCUUCAACCCACUACUGCCAUAUAUGAUAAGUCAUUUCAGAAUGACCCACGGGUCUUAUGAUGGUUUCCUCUAUGUGUUGAGUUUACAGUGCUGCAUUUCUGCAUGCUUAGCAUACACCAUUCCUCAUCUUGUUAAAAGAAGAGUAAACUCCAACUAGUGAAAGAUUCAAGAACUUACCGAUGAAAAUCUUCGAGAUAAACAAAGAUUGGAAGUUGAGAUAUAAAAAAGUAAUUGAUUAUCACAUUCUAUUGUUAAAAGAAUGCUUUUGAACUUCAAUUAUCUAUAUCUGGAGUAUAAGUCAAUAUUGAAGGCUGGAAUGAGAACGAAUGAAUUACUAUGUUCUUUAUCUUUCUGAAUUAAUUCCUUGAAGAACGCAUAUUUCAAGCAUAUGAAGCUGAACACUUCUGUAAGUCAUUAUUCGAGGGUUAAAAAGGAAAGAAUGAAUACACUCCUCAUUUUCUAAAAGAAUACUUCAAAGGACACAUAGU